AUGCAAGUUGUACAACGCAAUUUCAAUGAAACUCAUGCUCAACAGUAUCAAACAUUUUGGAAUUAUUCAACGAACAUGACACAUUUUGAAAGUCCAACACAAUUAAUCUACGUCUGGUAUUCUUUACCCGGUAUGCAUAUUGUUAAAGAGAGUUUUCCUCAUUUUAUCGAAGCACAAUUUUAUUAUACGACCGGCUCGCCACGCGUCCCAAGCAAUGAUACUUGGCAAAUUCAUCUUCAAUCUAUUUGUGGAGAAUUCCUGUAUCUAUUUGGAACUUUUUAA